AAGGUGUGUAUCUACUGCCAAUGGCUGAAGGCAUAGAUACUUCUGAAGGUGUCUCCUCUGGUAUUGGUCAGUCUGAUGCUUCAGGGGAUAUUGGAGAAAAUGAAUCAGAAGAAGACAUUCAUGCCAGACACAAAAGAGAAAUGAAAGAAUUAAAAGGUAGGAUUCAAGCAUUAAAGAAAUCAGUAUCGAAAGGUGACAAGAAACGUAAGAAAGAGAUAACGACUGAGAUAGCUCAACUGGAGGCUGAGAUUCAAUCAAGACACGAAACAGAACUGACUCAACACACCUCCAGUGCUGCUGGUAGCAAUAGUAUAACUAAUGAUGGAAGCAAUGAAGAGAUGAGUGUGGCAAGUGUCAUCAGUUCAACUGGUGACAUGAAACUGAGGGAAGGAGAGGGAGAGGUUCAAAGGAAGUCAAAAUCACAGAAAAAGAAGGAGAGAAAACAGAGACAGGAGCAAGAGAGGGAGCGAAGGAUUGCUGAAGGAGAAGUUGAAGAGACUAACACGUCUCGUUAUCAAGAGAGACAGAAGCUCCUCUCAUUAUUAGAACCACAAGGACUUACAAUUAAAGAUAUACAGCCGGAUGGAAACUGUCUUUAUUCUGCUGUUAGUGACCAGCUGGAGUUGCUACAUGGUAAAAAGAUUAGUGUAGAAAGACUAAGAGAAGAAUGUGGUAGUCAUAUUGAAGCUAAUGCUGAUCUCUUCAUGUCAUUUAUAACUAAUCCUGACACUGGAGACGCCUGUACUCCAGAAUAUUUUCAUUCGUAUUGCACUGAAAUAAAGGAAACUGCUGCUUGGGGAGGAGAAGCAGAGUUAGUGGCUUUGUCUCAAAUUUAUAAACUGCCCAUUGUAAUAUACCAAUCUGAGGCUCCUGCACUGUUUAUUGGGGAUGGAGAUAAAUCAGAAAAAACAGAAUCUUUAAAAUUAUCGUAUCAUUCUCACGAGUUCAGCCUUGGAAAGCACUACAACUCUGUGAUACCAAAAACAUAAAAUUAAAAAUAUAAUAAUUAAUAUAAUUAUUGUUGUUCAUUUCUUUUUUUCAUUCGAUUAAUGUGUUUUUCUUUUAUUUAUUUUGAACACUAUAGAAUGUCAUUACAAUACAAA